CUCUCUCUCUCUCUCUCCGUCUCUUUCUCUCUCAGGGCUGAAAGGAUACUCAUCAUCUUUGCUGAAGCGUCUCACAGCGGAGAAAAACCAUGGCAGCUGCGAACCGUGUCCUUAUUUACGGAGGAAAAGGAGCUCUUGGCUCGGCAUGUGUGCAUUAUUUUAAGUCAAAAGGCUGGUGGGUUGCCAGUAUUGACAUCGUCGCAAAUGAAGAAGCGAACGCAAACGUCCUGGUGAAGCUCUGCGAGUCAUUCACCGAUCAAGCUGCUCAGGUGACAUCGGAUGUAGCCACUUUACUUGGGGAACACAAGGUUGACGCCAUUGUUUGUGUGGCAGGAGGAUGGGCUGGAGGAAACUGUAGCUCAAAAGACUUGUAUAAGAACUCUGAUAUGAUGUGGAAACAGAGUGUCUGGACCUCCACCAUUUCCAGUCAUCUUGCAUCGCUCCACCUGAAGCCAGGAGGCCUGCUGACCCUCUCUGGAGCAAAUGCCUCUCUGGAAGGCACUCCAGGUAUGGUUGGGUAUGGCAUGGCCAAGGCUGCAGUCCAUCAGUUGUGCAAGAGUCUGGCUGGUGAGAAUAGCGGUCUUCCAUCUGGAGCUGGAGCUGUGGCCAUUCUUCCGGUUACCUUGGAUACACCAAUGAACAGGAAAUUCAUGCCCGAUGCAGAUUUUGGGAGCUGGACACCGCUGGAAUACAUCGCAGAAACCUUCUACAGCUGGGCCACUGGGUCAGGUCGGCCAGCCUCAGGCAGCCUCAUACAGUUGGUGACUACUGGGGGGAAAACCGAGGCCUCGGCUGCUAAGUAAAGGGGCAAUAGAGAUACAAAAUAAAAAUACAAGAAGAUUUAAAAAAAAUUUGAGACCAAUGUUUACCAGUAUACUGUGCAGAAGAGGAGAGAUAGGCCAUACAGAAUGCAAAUGAGAGCUGUGGCAUUUCCAGUCAUCUAGUCUCAUUGGAAAUACACAGUACAUUAUCUCUGAAUUGACCAAAGUAUUAACUUACAUGUUUAAUGUUGAGUCAGUCUAUACAUUAGAAAACAGCCUAGAUGAGUGUAUGUUUGUGACUUUCAUCUCGACAAUAAAAGAUGUGCCGCUGUCGUAUGUGAAACGUACAGUCUUCUAUUCAGAGAAGUGGCCUUAGUUUGUGUAAGUGCGAGUGUGUGUGAUUACUGGUUUGAAUUUCAUGAACGGAUGCUGCAUCUUCAAAGUAUUUCCUCUCCACUGUGCUGUAUGAUUACGGACCAUACUUGCAUAAUAAAGACAAA